UGUGGAUUGGUAAUUGUGGAUUUUUGGGCUUAAAAAUUUCCUACCAAAAAUCAAAGCGCGUUCUUUUCACUUUUCUUUCUUUUCGCUCUCACUAACUUCAUCAUCGUAAACAUUCUCUUUCUUUACCCAACUUGUUCCUUGUCGAUUAUUCUUAACCAUAAACAAAGAAUAAUCUACUCGGUAUUCUUGUUACGCGUCAGGUUUGUCCCUGCGAUUUCCGAAUCACCAUAUUUGGUCAAGGACAAUUCUAUCCUAUUCGACUAUUUCCAUCAACAUCUCCAUCAAUAGUUUCCAUCAAUCUGAAAACUAUCAUACCCUCUACAUCCAGCAUCAACUGGAAACAACAAUACGCGAUGCCUCCUAAAGAUCGCAAGGCUUCGGCCAAGUCCGGCGUCACUAAGGCCGCGACCUCAGCUGCAUCGGCCAAGAACAGCCGAUCAAACAACACAUCCGCUGCAGGUUCAGCUCCUGGUCGCGCUAGCCGCCGCACCGCGAAACCCGCAUCGAAGGUCGACGAAGAACUAGAUGAUGCUGGCGAAGAACAAGAGGAGACUGAAGUAGAAAACAGUCGCACAAUCAAACCCGAAAAAGCACAGCCCCGAAAACGACCCGCCGCCAAGAAGAAUGCCCCCUUGACCAAAGCCCAGAAAGAGGAGGAAGCCAACCUUGUCCGCAAAGAAGGGGAGCGACAAGCCAAGCGCAAGAGAGAGGAGGACACGGAGUCGGAUCAUGACGACGACGAAGUCGCAGAGCCUAAGCAGGCUCCUGUUAAAAAGCCUGCUGCUAGAAAAGCCGCAGCGCCCAAGAAAUCGGUUUCGCCGAAAAAGCCCACCAAGAAGCCUGUCUCUAAGAAAGCCAAGACUUCUCAGGAGGAGGACUCUCAAACUGAAGCGCCACCUGCAGCCAAAAAGGCUCGCACCGAAGCCCAAGUCAACGGCGCUGUCGUAAGCCCCCCUGCAAAAGCUGCUGCCCGCACUCGUGGACCUGGUGCCAGAGGUGCUGUACUCAACGCCGUUCCCUCGACGCAGUUUGAUGUCUUCGUCUUUGGCGAGGGAACUUCAGGUGAACUUGGCCUCGGGAGCAAGAAGUAUGAGGGUAAGAAGCCUAUCGACGUGCGGCGACCUCGUAUCAACCACAACCUCAAGGGCGUCGUCGCUAUAGCUUGUGGUGGUAUGCACUGUGUCGCUCUGACUCAUGACCAGCGGGUCCUCACCUGGGGCGUCAACGACGACAAGGCGCUAGGCCGUGACACUCACUGGGAGGGUGGCACUCGUGAUAUUGAGGGGGACGAAGAUUCAGACGAUGAAGAUGAUACCGGCAUGAAUCCUAAUGAAAGCACGCCUGGCCCAGUCGACCUUAGUGCGAUUCCCGAAGGAACGAAGAUCUCCCAAGUUGCCGCGACUGACUCUGCCUCUUUUGUCGUCACAGACGACGGCUGGGUCUAUGGAUGGGGCACUUUCCGAGGUUCCGAUGGUAUUAUCGGUUUCAGCGAAGGCACCAAAAUCCAGCCAUCUCCCAUCCUCAUCCCCGGUUUGAAGGAGAUCAGCCGACUGGCCUGUGGCUCCAACCACGUCCUAGCCAUGGAUAACUCGGGCAAGGUCUUUACCUGGGGUAGCGGAGGCCAAUACCAGCUUGGUCGAAAGCCACUGAGCCGUCUAGGAGGUCCUACUGCUGGACUAGCUCCCCAGCCGUGCAGCAAGUUUUCCAAGAAGCAUUUCGCCGUUCACGUAGGUGCUGGCUCGUAUCACAGCUUUUAUAUUGACAACGAGGAUCGAGUCUGGGCUUGGGGCUUAAACAACUACGCACAGACCGGACUCAACGUGCAUACCGGAGAAGACGAUGCGAUGGUCCUUCGACCCCAGAUUGUCCAGUCGCUUGUGGACGAGAAGAUCCGCCAAAUUGUGGGUGGAGAGCAUCACUCGGUAGCUUGCACAACUGAUGGCAAGCUUUUGACCUGGGGGCGAGUAGAUGGCCAUCAAGUUGGCCACCCAUCGAGCCUCUACACCGAGGAAAACGCUGUCUUUGACGAUAACCAAAAACCCCGAAUCCUGAUGGAGCCGUCCGUCAUCAAUGACGUCAAGGCAACAUUUGUCGCAGCGGGCACGGAUACCAGCUUCGCCAUUGAUGAGGCAGGCAAGGUUUACUCUUGGGGCUUUUCAGCCAACUACCAGACAGGCCAGGGAAGCACAGAUGAUACCGAGGUCCCCACCGUGAUUGACAACACGGCCAUUCGUGAUAGGAAGAUCGUCUGGGCCGGUGCUGGCGGACAGUUCUCGAUGGUGGCAGCUGAGGCAGCGGCUCAGUUGACUAACGGCCAUUAAGUGCUGUUAUAAAGAUUGGUGGUAUACACCCACAUGGCGGUAAAAAAAUGAUGGCGUACGGAGGCCUCAAGGUUGUACUAGUAUAGAGUUGCAUAUUGCAUAUUUCAUUUUCGGCUCGAAAGGAAAAUUCGAGUCUUUGCAUGGGGUCUGGGUGGGCCUUAAGUCCAUCACUACGACUAGAUGACUCGAUAGGAAGAUGCCCUUUGGGCAAUGGACGAACGAGUGUGGAAUGGACAACGCGCCUCUCUUAUGGGGAGUUCUUUUUCAGAGAAGUGGCUUCAAGGCAAUUCUUGUGAUAUGGUGAUAUUGUGAACAAUGGCAAACCCCGAUGCUUCUGAGGCUUGUGAAAUAAUGCGAUGGCGUCUCGGCCCUCUUCUUUUCAUUUUAUGUAUUAGAAUCGUGUGAAAAUUGAUAUGGUGUCUACGGUGAAUGAGUGGCGGUUGAGGGCAGUAUGGUGACGUAAGGAGUAGCACACGUAACUCCAAAUAUGAUCUGUGACCGGCUACAUGGGUAGGGGUGCUUUGCUGUAUUUAAAGCAUAUCAUGAAAUCGAU